AUGAGUGUAACGGGAUCUCAGCACAAACCCCACCUAGGUAUACAAGUGGUUUCCAGCGAAUACCUCUGCUCAACUAACAACUCAUUUCUACAGGCGACGCAAGUCAUAGCAAACUCGGGUCACGAUGACAUGAUUCACGAUGCAGUUCUCGACUACUACGGCAGGCGGUUAGCAACAUGCUCGUCCGACAGGACCAUCAAGAUCUUUGAGGUGGAGGGCGAGUCACACAGAUUAACGGAGACACUCAAGGGACACGAAGGAGCCGUGUGGUGUGUUGCCUGGGCCCACCCCAAGUACGGCAACAUUCUCGCCUCUUCAGGCUACGACGGCAAGGUCUUCAUCUGGCGCGAGCAGGGAGGCGCGUGGCAGAAGAUCUUCGACUUUGCUCUUCACAAGGCCUCGGUCAACAUCGUCUCUUGGUCCCCGCACGAGUCCGGGUGCUUGUUGGCCUGCGCCUCUUCCGACGGCCACGUCUCGGUCCUUGAGUUCAAGGACAACUCGUUCGACAACCAAAACUUCCUCGCCCACGGCCAGGGUGUCAACUCGGUCUCGUGGGCCCCCUCGACGGCCCCCGGGAGCAUCAUCAGCACGAACGCCACACCUGCUGCCCAGCGCCGCUUCGUCACUGGCGGCAGCGACAACACCCUCAAGAUCUGGUCGUGGGACGCCGCUUCAGCUCAGUACCGCUGCGAGGAGGGCGGCGUGCUCUCGGGCCACACCGACUGGGUUCUCGACGUUGACUGGAGCCCUACCGUCCUGCAGAAGAGCUACAUUGCCAGCGCAUCCCAGGACCGCACCGUCCGUAUCUGGACCAGUGACUCGUCCAACCCGGGCGUCUGGCAGUCGCGCGUGCUCAAGGAGUUUGACACCACCGUCUGGCGCGUCAGCUGGUCGCUGAGCGGCAACGUCCUCGCCGUCAGCUCGGGAGACAACAAGGUUACGCUGUGGAAGGAGAACCUCAAGGGCGAGUGGGCUUGCGUCAACAGCCUCGAGGACUAAGAGACCAGUAGCUCGGGCGCCUUACUUGGUGCACAGAUAGAUCGUUGAGAAGAGGAUAUGGGCAUGGUGUAGAGAAGAAAGGCAAUCAAGGGUAAAAGAGAGGGUACUACACCGGACAAACAUGUGUUUGUUACAUUGCUGCUAGUUGCUGGUAAAACACUGAACUAUUGGCAUCAGGGGUCAUUCAGAGCACGGGAACAACAGCAAAAUCUUCGGCUAGAUUUUGAUCCAUCGAUGAAUAUCACUCGCUGUUCUUUGGA